UUUACUUUCUCUCUCUAAAAAAACAAACUCUUUACUUUCUCUCUCUAAAAAAACAAACUCUUUACUUUCUCUCUCUAAAAAAAUGCAAAAACAUCACAAAGAAAUAUUAUCUCUCUUUCUAUACACAAAAUCACAAAAAGUUAUGGAGCAAAACAGUAAUUUACCAAUCAUGGCUAAGAAAUUAUGGGAAACCGUACGUGUCAUCUUCUUCAUGCUACGAAAAGAAAUUUCAACUAAAAGAAAAUUUCUCGUUGAUCUUAACAUGAUGCUUAAACGCGGCAACAAAAUCGCCACCAAAGCUAUCGGAAACCUAAUGUUCCACCACCACAACCACCAGAAUGGCGUUUCAUUUACACCUCCGCCGCAUGAGUAUGAGUUCAGCUGCAGCAACACUCCGAUGUACACUCAUCCUUUCCAUCUAAACAAGCGUCGACACCACAACAACCAUCACCCCCACCAGUCUCACAGCAACUUUUUCUCGUGUGCAUUUAACGCGCCGCCGACUCUUGACGAUGAUGUUACAACCGUGAAUGCUGUGAAGCUGGCUUUGGAGAUGUUAAACAAUAAUAACGGCAGCAAUAAUGAGAUUUCAGUUGAGGCUCCGUCGCCUAUGUUGCCCGGGUUCGGUCCGAGUCCGAUGGUUAGAAAGCUGAGGAUAACUGACUCGCCGUUUCCGUUGAGAGGUGAUGAUGAUGAUAAUGGUGUUGUUGAUAAGCAAGCUGAAGAGUUUAUAAAGAGGUUUUAUAAAGAGCUAAGGCAGCAGCAAAAACAAUGAACCGUCGCUAAAUAUAAGUGUUUGUUAUACAUAAUCUAGUUAAGGUUUGUCGUUGAAUGUCAGUUGAAGAUUUUCAGUUUUUUGUUUUGUUGGUUAUAGUUGAUGUUGCUGAAGAAGAAGAUUGUAAUUAAGAAAUGAAAAAACAAAUGAGAUGUAUAUUUACAGGGAAUUUUAAGUUGAGUUGAGUUAUUAUUUUUUAAUUUUU